AUGAGAAUGGAGAACCGAGGUAGCGAGAUGCAAUUUAAUCAAAGUAUUUCAGGAGCAAAGCGAAGGCUUUACAUGUCGCUGAAUAAUCAAUUAGCAAGGUUACAGCAGAACAUGAUGACAAUGGAACAAAACGUCGAGGUUACAUCCGAUCAAGUUAGAUGUAUACAAAGUCUUGGUACAGCUCACGGUGCUCUAUUUAUGGCAGCAAAUCGCGUACUACGCACUGACAGCCGUGAAGAGAAGUUCUAA